CGGGCAAGAGAUUUCCUAAUCAAUCCGACGUGCACGCAGCAAUCUCUCCGCUCUCCGUGCGCGUGGCUUUCGAAUUUUGAAAAUCGCGCACGUGCAUGGAACGUACGGGAUUACCGUACGGGGGAAAGCCGCAUUGAUGCCAACAACGGCGCGAGGUUCCCAAAUAGUGUAAACAUGGCCUCGCGGUAUAGUCACGGUGUUCAGCGAGUUCUAGCGAAAUUAGAGGCCUCGAUAAACUCGGAGAACUACUAUGAAGCCCAUCAGAUGUAUCGAACUUUGUAUUUCAGAUACCUCGGUCAGAGAAAAUACUCCGAACUCCUGGAAUUGCUCUACAACGGGGCGAUGCUGCUGUUACAGCACGAACAGCAUGCAAGUGGAGCCGACUUAGGAAUUCUAUUUGUCAAUGUUUUAACGCAAUCUGGAACAGUACCUGCGCAAGGCUUCUUUGAGAAGAUCACGAGUCUGUUCGGUUUAAUGAGCCCCACGUCUCCGGAAAGAGAUGUGUUUGUGCAGUCAGCACUUAAGUGGAGUAUAAAAGGUACUGAUUACAAAACCGGCCAUCCAGAUUUGCACCAGAAGAUAGCUCAGGUUUUUUGGAGAGAGAAGAAUUACAUAAUGGCAAGGCAACACUUUAUACAUAGUAGAGAUGGUUCUGGAUGUGCUGCAAUGUUGGUUGAACUUCACGAGCAGCGUGGUUACAUGAAUGAAAUAGAUCUCUUCAUAGCUCAAGCAGUCUUACAAUAUCUUUGUUUACAAAACAAAGCGACAGCGCAAGAGGCCUUCAAUUCUUAUACCUCAAGGCAUCCAAAAAUAAACAGUGGUCCGCCAUAUCUUCUUCCUUUGUUAAAUUUCUUGUUUUUCUUACUAAAAACCAUUGACAGUGGUAAACUAGCCGUGUUCACAGUUCUUUGCGAACAAUACCAGAUAUCUUUAAACAGAGAUCCAUGUUACCGACAGUACUUAGAUAAAAUAGGCCAACUUUUUUUCAAUAUCCCACCUCCGCGCCCGCGCAAUCAAGGAUUAUUUGGCUCGUUACUGCAAUCAUUCUUCAAUGGCCUGGAGGAUGACGAUUCGGAUGACGAGCAACGAAAUACAGCCUCAACGUCGCACGCCGCUCAAGAACUUGAUUGAUUAAAGGUGAUGCAGCACUGUGCAGUGUGAUGCUGAAUAUCAAACUUUUAUAUAUUAUUCUUCGACCCAAAUAUUUUCACUAACUGCACCUGUGUUAACCAAAUGAAAUUUCAAGUUGUGAGCGUUACGUUUAUAAAAAAAAGAAGCUGAAAGAAUUACUAUUAUUUGAAGAAAUAGUAAUUCUGAAGUACGUAGAAUCCUGAUACAGAUGGGAUGACUUCUUACGGGAAUUUAUCAAAGUUGUAAGUUAUGUACACUGAAUUCACAAUAGUAGAAUUCAGAUAGGCAUCUUAAUUAUUUUAUACAUAUCUAAUACUUUCUAUACUCUUUUUAGUCAAAUAAGAUUUAUGUCUGUGCAAUAAUGAGAUGCAUACUUUUAAAUAAAAAGUUCAGAAAUUGCAUAAUUUCUUCUGAAAUAUGAACAUUAUAGAAUUAUAUGUAAAAGUUCGAAAGAGUAAAGAGAAUUAGGUUUAUGGUAAAGAUCAAUAUUCCCAAGUUCACACAUUCUGUAUGUGCUGUUAUGAAUUCAGCAAUUAUACUUGAACUUUGAAUAAAAUCCUUGCCAUUAGCUGCGACUUGUAUACCAUUCAUAUAAUCACAUGAAUAUAUACCUACGUAUUUAACUGCUGAAUCGAAAAUUUAUUUUAUAUAAACUAAAAUGCGUGUGGACAAAUAAAUGUGACAUAAAUGUAGCUUCCGAAAAAAAUGCUAACCGAAAUUGCUUGUUGCCGAGACGUCGAGAACGAAAAUUAUACUCGGAGCAACAAACGAUAUAUUUAUUUAUUGGAUUCUAUACAUUGAUAUGGGUAAUCGUUUAAAAUAUUAGAGAAAAAUAAAUGCAUAUAUAUUUCAAGAAAUAAAACGACCAUAACCACACUGUGGAAUAAAAAUCUUCACAGCAUUAAUUAAUAAAGAUAAUAUAAUAUUGCUGUGUAUUAAAAUGGAAACAGAAGCAUAGACAACAUUCAACUAAUAAAUUUAGCUUUGUAAUAAAUAUAUCUCUAGAAACAUAUGUAAGUAUAUUGAGUAUUCUUCAUUAUAUUUUAUUGUCUAUUAUCAGAAUUAUUUAAAGCAAUUAUAUUAUAUUAAUAUAUGACAAUGAUAAAUUGUUAAUUGAUAUUCAUGUUAUAGAAUAAUCGAAAAAUUUUAUUCUUUUUAAUUCAUUUUUUGUAAAAAUUAUACCAUGUAUAAUUAAUUCAAUGAAAAUCAAUAAUAUGUGUAUUUGUUAUUAAUACUUUGAAAUGUAUACUGUCGUUUUAAAAGUGAAUACUCUAUAUAUGAUUGUGACAUCAAUCGGAUCAUGUGUGGAAUUAGUCUUUGAAGGAUUAAUUUAGGUAUUAUAUUUGUAUAAAUCACUUGAAAAAUAUAAUAACAAAUAACGGUUA